AGCCCCGCGGUCGUAGCCGCCCGUUGCCCGCCGACCGCAGCCGUUUCCCGAUCUUGGAUGAGUUUUGCAAUGUGAAGUUCUGCAUAGAUGCCAGUCAACCAGAUGUAGGAAACUGGCUCAAAUACAUCAAGUUUGCUGGAUGCUACAAUCAGCACAACCUUGUUGCGUGUCAGAUAAGCGAUCAGAUAUUCUACAGAGUUGUAGUGGAUAUUGAACCUGGAGAGGAGCUGUUACUGUUCAUGAAGAGUGAGGAUUAUUCACAUGAAGCGAUGGCUCCAGACAUUCACGAGGAGCGCCAGUAUCGCUGUGAGGACUGCGACCAGCUCUUCGAGUCCAAGGCGGAGCUAGUAGACCACCAGAAGUUCCCGUGCAGCACCCCUCACUCUGCGUUCUCCAUGGUGGAGGAGGACUUUCAGAAAAAGCUUGACACGGAGAAUGACCUUCGGGAUGUGCAUGAAAUCCAGGAAUGUAAAGAGUGCGAUCAAGUCUUCCCGGACUUACAAAGCCUGGAGAAGCACAUGCUGUCGCACAGCGAGGAGAGGGAGUACAAGUGCGACCAGUGCCCCAAAGCCUUCAACUGGAAGUCCAACUUGAUACGUCACCAGAUGUCGCAUGACAGCGGGAAGCACUACGAGUGUGAAAACUGUGCCAAGGUUUUCACGGACCCCAGCAACCUUCAGAGACAUAUUCGUUCCCAGCAUGUUGGGGCUCGUGCUCACGCUUGUCCAGAGUGUGGCAAAACCUUUGCCACUUCUUCAGGCCUCAAACAGCACAAACACAUCCACAGCAGUGUCAAACCUUUUAUAUCAUUCUCUCAAUCAAUGUAUCCAUUUCCUGAUAGAGACUUGAGACCGUUACCCUUGAAAAUGGAGCCCCAAUCACCCAGUGAAAUUAAGAAGAUCCCAAAGGGAAGCUCUGAGUCUCCCUUUGACCUCACCACUAAGCGCAAGGAGGAGAAGCCAGUUACUUCUAUACCCUCAAAGCCAUCAGCUCCAUCCGUGACAAGCCAGGACCAGCCUCUAGAUCUCAGCAUGGGCAGCCGAAGUCGAGCCAGUGGCACAAAACUCGCCGAGCCCCGGAAAAACCACGUCUUUGGUGAGAAGAAAGGAGGUGACCCCGAACAAAGGAAAGCUUCCGAGUCUUCUUUGCAGCAUGCCAGACCAACCCCGUUCUUUAUGGAUCCCAUUUACAGAGUAGAGAAAAGAAAGUUAACUGACCCGCUUGAAGCUUUAAAAGAAAAAUACUUGAGACCUUCCCCAGGAUUCUUGUUUCAUCCACAAAUGUCAGCCAUCGAGAACAUGGCAGAGAAGCUGGAGAGCUUCAGCGCCCUGAAGCCAGAGGCCAGCGAGCUGAUCCAGUCGGUGCCGUCCAUGUUCAACUUCCGAGCGCCUCCGAGCGCCCUGCCCGAGAACCUGCUGCGCAAGGGCAAGGAGCGCUACACCUGCAGAUACUGUGGCAAGAUUUUCCCGAGAUCUGCAAACCUAACACGUCACCUAAGGACACACACUGGAGAGCAGCCCUACAGAUGCAAGUACUGUGACAGGUCCUUCAGCAUAUCUUCUAACCUGCAGAGACAUGUCCGCAACAUCCACAAUAAAGAGAAGCCCUUCAAAUGUCACUUGUGUGACAGGUGUUUUGGUCAGCAAACAAAUCUGGACAGACAUCUGAAAAAGCACGAGAACGGCAACAUGUCUGGUACUGCAACAUCUUCACCUCACUCAGAACUUGAAAGCACAGGGGCAAUCCUAGACGACAAGGAAGAUUCUUACUUCACAGAAAUUAGGAAUUUCAUUGGGAACAGCAACCACAACAAUCAAUCCCCUAGAAGCUCAGAGGAGAGAAUGAAUGGCAGCCACUUUAAGGAUGAGAAAGCCAUGGUAGCCAGCCAGAACUCAGAUUUGUUGGAUGAUGAGGAGGCAGAAGAUGAAGUAAUGAUGGACGAAGAAGAUGAAGAAACUGAAAUUGCAGGGAAAGCAGUCAAAGAACCUGUUACGAGUGACAUACAUGAGGGAUCUCCAGAGGAAGACUACGAGGAAACGAGUACUUUGGACAUGAACUGCAAGGCUUCCCCUGGCAGGUAUAAGGAAGACGAGUACAAUAAGACUGGACUUUCGGCUUUGGACCACAUAAGGCACUUCACAGAUAGCCUCAAGAUGAGGAAAAUGGAAGAAAAUCAAUAUAAUGAAGCUGAAUUGGCAGCUUUCAAUACUUCUCAGCUGCCGGAGGACUUGAAACAACCGUUGUACAGRAAAUCCAAAUCCCAGGCCUAUGCCAUGAUGCUCUCUCUCUCCGACAAGGACUCCCUCCAUUCCGCACCCCAUAGUUCUCCCAACAUGUGGCACAGUAUGGCGAGAGCUGCCGCAGAAUCCAGCGCCAUCCAGUCCAUCAGUCACGUAUGACGUUGUGAAGUCGUACCAGGAGUGGGACCAAGUCCAGACCAGUAGCAUGGCUCUUUCGUAUGUGACUAUUUAAAAGACUGCUGAGCAGAAUGCCUUAUAAAUCUGCAGGGUCACUCAUUUAAAGUCCGGUGACCUUAAACUGAAUAAUUUUAAAAAGAAAGAAACUAUUUAUUCUCAAUAUUUUGUUUUGCACAGCAAAGGCAGCUGCUGACUUCUCGAGGAUCAAUGCGACUUAAAAAAAAAAAAAAACAGUUUCAGUGGAUUAUGUAAACCGGGGCCGGGAAAAAGUGUCUUCCAGUUCACCCGGCUUUGAGGGGCAGGGGCAAAAGGGUUAAGACUGCAUUGAUACACACAUGGGCACUCCUUUAAAGUAGUAACUGAAUUGAUUUUCUUUUUGUAUAAUAUAGUUUGACACAGGAUUGGGAACAGUUGCUUUUAUGUACAAAUCUCUUCAUUAAAGCUUUAUGCAUUUUAGCCCUUCAAAGACAGAAAAUAGUUCUACCAAAUGCACUCUCUCCAUCCUAACUGUAGAAGCAAGUAAUAGGGAAUGUUUUGUUCUCUCCAUAAUUCUUUUGCCUUCUCAACUGCAUUGUUAAAAAAAAAAAGGAAAAACAAGAAAAAGAAAAAAAAAGAACUGUGAGAAGCAAUUCGUAAGAGGCUUGUGUAUAUUGUAAACUAUGAAUGUUCACUACUCCAAGACGCUAAAUCAUCCAGCUAAUUCCGUGAAAGCACCAUGUUCAUCGUCAGUACCACUAGUUCCAAUSGUUGUAAGGAGUUUUUAAUUUUAGACAAUCAUGUCACUAUUUUGUUGUAUCGUUUCCUUCCCCUUCCCCCUCUAAUUUCUUCUUUGUGUUGUGUGUACCAUGUAUUUAUUUGUUGGCAAACAGUUGUUUGUUGAUUAAAAUAGCACUGUUCCGAUAACAAACAGCACUGCUCCAGUCCCCCACUGCUUCAUGAUGCAGGCACCCAUGUACUUCAAAAUAAGUGAGGUGAACUGAUCUGUGUAUAUGGGAGUGCAAAACAGUGUUUGAAAUUUUCUUACAUUCC